AGAGCGUCAACCAUCUGAGUACUGAGUACCGGGUCGCGUCGCAACAAAACGUGUCCUCGAGGCGCGCCUCCUUCUUUCUCUACACUCAUUCACAAUGUCGCAAUUCAGGCGGUAUGCGUUCCUGCUUAUUGCGGUAGUGUUCCAUUUGACGUACAUAUAUUCUUGCUUCUCAAUUUACUUUGUCAGCCCUAUUGUCCAUGGCAUGCGCGAACACCGCGUGGAGACGCAAGAAGCUCCGGCCAAGCGAUUGGUACUCUUUGUUGGCGAUGGUCUCCGCGCGGACAAAGCAUUUCAAUCGUUUCCCAACCCUGACCCCAAUCCGCCGACCGCUCUCGCCGACGACGUAGACACCCCUCGCCCUCUCGCUCCGUUCCUCCGCUCUCGCGUCUUAGAAAAAGGCACUUUUGGUGUCUCGCAUACUCGUGUCCCCACGGAGUCGCGUCCCGGGCAUGUUGCGCUCAUCGCAGGCUUGUAUGAGGAUGUUUCUGCUGUCACAACAGGAUGGAAGCUUAACCCAGUCAACUUCGACAGCGUCUUCAACCGAAGUAGACAUACAUGGAGCUGGGGCAGUCCCGACAUUCUUCCCAUGUUCGAAGCGGGAGCAGUCUCAGGAAGAGUGGAUGCAUACUGUUACGCUGCUGAGGACGAGGAUUCGUCAAAAGACGCCUGGGCACUGGACGAAUGGGUCUUUGAGCGUGUUGAGAAACUCUUUGCUGACGCAAAAACGAAUGCGACAUUGGAUGCUGAGCUACGAAAAGAGAAGAAUGUAUUCUUCUUGCACCUGCUAGGACUUGACACGACGGGCCAUAUACACAGACCGUACUCAUGGCAGUACCUACACAAUCUACAAAUUGUGGACCGAGGGGUGCAGAGAAUCACGCAACUUAUUGAAGAUUUCUAUGCCGACGACAAGACAGCCUUCAUCUUCACGGCCGAUCACGGCAUGAGCGAUUGGGGUAGUCAUGGCGAUGGACAUCCGGAUAAUACACGCACACCCCUGAUUACAUGGGGUGCUGGUAUUGCACCGCCGGUGAGGAACACGUCAGGUAUUGCCAGAGGUCACACCGAGUUCUCAUCGGACUGGAAUCUGGAUGAAAUCGAGCGACACGAUGUUGACCAGGCUGAUGUCGCAGCCUUGAUGGCGUACCUUGUUGGACUCGACUUUCCCACCAACUCUGUUGGAGUUUUGCCUCUCUCUUACCUUGACACAGAUAUGAAGUCAAAGGCUGAAGCGCUCCUUAUCAAUGCUAAAGAAAUUUUGGAAAUGUACCAUGUCAAGGAGGAGGUGAAGAAGUCUACCACGCUAAAGUACAAGCCCUUUUCUGGCCUUGGCGACGAAGCGCACUCGGUUGAGCAUCGCGUGUCAGAGAUACAGGCAGCGAUCGACCAAGGUAACGCCGAGCAGGCUAUUCGUCAGACGUAUGAUCUGAUUGAUCUUGGCCUCGAGGGUCUUCGCUAUCUGCAAACAUACGACUGGUUGUUUCUGCGAACACUAGUAACUGCUGGCUAUGUUGGCUGGAUGGUCUUUGCUGUUACUACAGUGAUUCACCUCCAUGUGCUGACAGAGGAGGUACCGACACAGCGGACGAUUCCGAGCAUGGUAAUAUUCUCCUCGGUGCUCGUCGCACUCUAUGGCGUUCUGUUGAAGCAGCAAUCACCCAUUGUCUAUUACGCAUAUGCAUUCUUUCCAGUCUUGUUCUGGGAGGAAAUAUAUGCCCAGAGAUUGUCACUUGUCAAAGGAAGCAAGAUCUUGUUGGGCCAUCUUAACUCUGGUGCUGAUGUAGCGAAGCUUGUGCUGGCAACACUGGGGUUCUUCGGUCUGCUUGAGGCUCUUGUCCAAAGUUAUUUCGUUCGGGAGAUUUACACAGCCUGCUAUCUGCUGGCAACAUGCUGGCCAGCAAUCUACGGUCAAGAUUUUAUGCGUAAGAACAUGGCAACAGUCGCGGCAUGGGUGCUGUCAUGUGUAGCCAUGAGUGCUUUCACAUUGCUACCUGCAAUCAAGGCAGAGGAUGUGCGCUUGAUUCUAUUUGGAGGAGCAUUGAUGUUCGCCGUGGGUGCACUCUACCUGCUCUUCGAAAGGAGCUUGGUUGCAGGCUCCAAAUCAGAGUCUGAGCUUGCAUCUCAUGAGCUCAACAACAAAUCACGUAUCAUCCUCGGCAUCCAACUCGGCCUUGUCUUGCUUUCCAUGAUUGUCACCAAGAGUAGCAUCAGUUACCUACAAGCGCGUGAGGGAAUACCCUAUGGCGUGCUUACAAUGGGACGAGCGACGCUUGCGGCCUCUCUUUUUGUCCCGCAACUGCACGGUGUAUAUCCCAAUAGCCAUUAUGUGCACCGCCUCGUCGUCAUCUUUCUCCAAUUCGCGCCGACAUUCAUCAUCCUGUCGAUCUCGUAUGAAGGACUCUUCUACUUUGCCUUUUGCAUGUGUCUGUUUAGCUGGAUGAGCCUUGAGCAUCAAGUCCACUUGCACAGCACAAGCAAUCCAUCAACAGUGGUCACGGCAUCUGACCCGGCCAAGCCAACCAAGGACGCAGCUGUGGAGCGCCUCGAGUCUGUCCAAAAAGGAGAGUACAGGCCGUUGACGCUCGCCGACGCACGCACAGCUCUCUUCUUCAUCUUCUUCAUUCAGUCAGCCUUCUUCAGUGCAUCCAACAUUGCGUCAGUAUCGUCGUUUUCUCUAGAGGCAGUGUACAGGUUGAUACCCAUUUUCGAUCCCUUCUCUCAGGGAGCGCUGCUCAUGCUCAAGCUGAUGGCUCCGUUUGCGGUGCUAUCGGCAAACUUUGGACUCUUGAACCGUGGCUUGGGCGUGGCACCCUCUGCACUCUUCAUGGUAGUCAUGGCAGUUAGCGAUGUCAUGACGUUAAGUUUCUUCUACAUGGUCAAGGACGAGGGCAGCUGGCUGGACAUUGGGACUACGAUUAGCCACUUUGUGAUUGCUAGUCUGCUUGGCGUGUUUGUGUCGGGAUUAGAGAUUUAUAGCGAGUGGACGAUCCGGGGCGUAGAGUUUGGAGGGAAGAAAGCAGGGGGGGGCUAAGGUCAAGGGAAAGGCGGCGUAGUCAGUAGGUACCGUGGUAUGGCUUGUAUGCAGAGAGCGGGCAGAAGCAACGGGGCGCCAAACACUGCGCUCGGGCUAGAUAGGUAGACGGAGCGCUCGUACCAAGCAAGAUAUUACUUUUUUCUUGUCAACGACUAUGGACGUUGUUGAGGUGGUGUGGCGUUGCUGGGCAACAGUGGCUGUUGAGGGGGGAGGGGUCAGGUGACGUGGACCCCACGCGGGGUCUUGUCGUCGAUUGUCGGCUGCACGGCCUGUGAUGGCGCAACAUGGACUGCUCUAAAUGGAGUAGCGGAUGGGUCAGGAGAGCGUGGCAUGGGUGGAUAAGCGGCAUGGGCGGCCUGGAGCGAGGCUGGGAGAGGCUGGG